GCCACUUCCGCCCGCCCGCGCCCAGGAUGGCGGCCUCCACUGCGCGCCUUCCGCCCGUCGCCCGCUCGGGUCCGCGCUGAGCACCGCCGUUCGCCGCGGAGCCCGGGUCCGAGCGGGGCGCGGAGGGAGGAGGACGCGGGAGCCCCGGCGAGAGCUCUGCGUCGUCGGCGGGCCCACAGGAAGAUGACGUCCAUCAUCAAGCUGACCACCCUCUCGGGGGUGCAGGAGGAGUCUGCGCUGUGCUACCUGCUCCAGGUCGACGAGUUCCGCUUCCUGCUGGACUGCGGCUGGGAUGAGCACUUCUCCAUGGACGUCAUCGACUCCCUGAGGAAGCACGUCCACCAGGUCGACGCCGUCCUGCUGUCUCACCCCGACCCCCUCCAUCUUGGGGCCCUGCCCUACGCCGUCGGAAAGCUGGGGCUCAACUGUGCCAUCUACGCGACCAUCCCUGUCUACAAGAUGGGCCAGAUGUUCAUGUAUGACCUUUACCAGUCUCGACACAACACGGAAGACUUCACGCUCUUCACGCUGGAUGACGUGGACGCGGCCUUUGACAAAAUCCAGCAGCUGAAGUUCUCUCAGAUUGUGAACUUGAAAGGUAAAGGUCACGGCUUGUCGAUCACGCCUCUGCCAGCCGGCCACAUGAUAGGGGGGACAAUCUGGAAGAUCGUCAAGGACGGGGAAGAGGAGAUCGUGUAUGCUGUGGACUUCAACCACAAGAGGGAGAUCCACCUGAACGGCUGCUCGCUGGAGGUGCUCAGCCGACCCUCCCUGCUCAUCACAGACUCGUUCAAUGCCACCUACGUGCAGCCACGGAGGAAGCAAAGAGACGAGCAGCUUCUCACGAACGUCCUGGAGACGCUGCGCGGCGACGGCAACGUGCUGAUCGCGGUGGACACGGCCGGCCGGGUCUUGGAGCUCGCGCAGCUGCUCGACCAGAUCUGGAGGACCAAGGACGCGGGGCUGGGCGUGUACUCGCUGGCGCUGCUCAACAACGUCAGCUACAACGUGGUGGAGUUCUCCAAGUCCCAGGUGGAGUGGAUGAGCGACAAGCUGAUGCGGUGCUUUGAAGACAAGAGGAACAACCCGUUCCAGUUCCGCCACCUCUCCCUGUGCCACGGGCUGGCCGACCUGGCGCGGGUGCCCAGCCCCAAGGUGGUGCUGGCCAGCCAGCCGGACCUGGAGUGCGGCUUCUCCCGGGACCUCUUCAUCCAGUGGUGCCAGGACCCCAAGAACUCCAUCAUCCUCACCUACAGAACCACUCCCGGGACCCUGGCGCGCUUCCUGAUCGACAACCCGUCGGAAAAAGUCACAGAGAUAGAGUUGAGGAAACGUGUGAAGCUGGAAGGGAAAGAACUUGAAGACUUCUUGGAAAAAGAAAAAGUAAAGAAAGAAGCUGCUAAAAAGCUCGAGCAGUCGAAGGAGGUAGACAUGGAUUCCAGCGACGAGAGCGACGUGGAGGAGGACGUCGACCAGCCGUCCGCUCACAAGGCGAAGCACGACCUCAUGAUGAAGGGCGAGGGCAGCCGCAAGGGCGGCUUCUUCAAGCAGGCCAAGAAGUCUCACCCCAUGUUCCCCGCGCCCGAGGAGCGCAUCAAGUGGGACGAGUACGGAGAGAUCAUCAAACCAGAGGACUUCCUAGUGCCGGAACUCCAGGCUACCGAAGAAGAGAAGAGCAAGUUAGAGGCAGGCAUGGCGAACGGGGAGGAGCCUGCGCACCAGGACCUGGCCGACGUCCCCACCAAGUGCACGUCCUCCACCGAGUCCAUCGAGAUCAAAGCCAGGGUCACGUACAUAGACUACGAAGGCCGCUCCGACGGGGACUCCAUCAAGAAGAUCAUCAACCAGAUGCGGCCGAGGCAGCUGGUCAUCGUGCACGGCCCCCCAGAGGCCGGCCGGGACCUGGCCGAGUGCUGCCGCGCCUUCGGCGGCAAGGACAUAAAGGUGUACGUUCCCAAGCUGCACGAGACGGUGGACGCCACCAGCGAGACGCACAUCUACCAGGUGCGGCUGAAGGACUCGCUCGUCAGCUCCCUGCAGUUCUGCAAGGCCAGGGACGCUGAGCUCGCUUGGAUCGACGGCGUCUUGGACAUGAGGGUCUCCAAGGUGGACACGGGGGUCAUCCUGGAGGAGGGGGAGCUGAAGGAUGACGGCGAAGACGCGGAGAUGCAGGUGGACGCGCCCUCGGACCCCAGCGUGACGGCCCAGCAGAAGGCCAUGAAGAGCCUGUUUGGGGAGGAUGACAGGGAAGCCGGUGAAGAGAGCGAGGUCAUCCCCACCCUGGAACCCCUGCCGCCCCACGAAGUGCCCGGACACCAGUCUGUCUUCAUGAACGAGCCGAGGCUGUCAGACUUCAAGCAGGUCCUGCUGCGGGAGGGGAUUCAGGCCGAGUUUGUAGGCGGCGUCCUUGUUUGCAACAACCAGGUGGCCGUCCGCAGAACGGAAACGGGACGCAUCGGAUUGGAAGGCUGCCUCUGUCAAGACUUCUACAGGAUCCGGGACCUUCUAUACGAGCAGUACGCCAUCGUGUGAGGGCGUCUGGCCUGAGAGAGAAGGGUCCUGACUGUUCACUUUGCCUUUUCAUUUUGUACUAUAUAUAAAAAGCUGUCACAGACA